UUUCCUCUAUAUUUAUAUAAUUAGAUCGAGGUUAAAACAGGUCUCUACAACGACCGGUAGUGCACAGCCCUGAUCCAACAGAUCCCUGCUUCGUCCGCUUAGAUACUUGACUCCAAUCUAGCAAGUACAAGGCCUGCAUUAAGGAAAUUGUCUUGAAUCCAACACUCCGCAAACGGUACGAGGUUCGCACACAAGUAGAUGGAUUGCCAAACAACAAUAUUGAAUGGCCAGUUAACAACUGACAAUAUGAAGAGUUAGUGUCAAUAUUAAGAUAAAUAUUAACGCGGCUUUGAGAGAAUGAUUAAUGUUGAUUGAUAAUCAGGUAGAUGGAAGGAAACGCUGAGAUGUUACUAGUACAUUAACAUGUCACAAAAAGGACGCACUGAAUAGCAUUUUCACUUAAAAGUGUACCAUUUACUUUUUUUCUAAAAACCACCAAUUUGUGGGUUAUUUCAACUUAGAAUAACGAGGAAUAUCUAUUCGAAAAACGAAAAAAGUGUCCUAAAAUAAAUUACUGUUUUGUGACGCAUUUUCACAAACAUUUUGUACGAACCGUCACAAAACUGACACCCUAAAUGUGUGACACCUAUGAAUACUGGGGACACUUUUUUUUUGUUUUAAUCAAUAAGCCCUCGUCAUUAUGAGUCGAAAUAACCCAAACGUAGUUAGUUUUUCUAAAAAAAGGACACUUUGUCUGAUAACCCCCUACAACAAAGAAAUAUUUUAUACUUACUCAAAUUAGACGUGUGAGAUAUUUCUACACUAUCAUAUAUGGGUCUCGUAAUUAGUACUAGAGAAAUUUCUGCAUGAUUGCAUUUCGAACCUCCUUUCAAUAAAACUACAAUUUAUUUUGAUUUAUAAAUAUUGAUGCCAGUCUUUGCCAUGCUGAGAAUAUGAUUAGCCGAUGUUAAUCGGUAAAACACCAUAAAACAAUUGAAAAGAGAAGCCAAGAGCAUGUAGUCCAUUUUUUUUUCUUAGCCCGUGUCCCACUGUUGGGCAAAGGCUCCUUGAUCUCCACAAUUUCCCUUGUUGUACUUUUUCCGGCCAGUUACUGAUGAAGGGAAGGGGUCAUUGUUCCCAUCAGUCCAAAUUUGACAUGAAAAAAAAACCCUAACAAAUGCUCCUCGUAAUCGUUCAUUAACGCCACCGUAUCUUACAAGUGUUUAUUAUGCGAAUUUGUUUAUAGACGUUUUAUCUGUAAUCUCAAGAGCUAUUUAAUACCCUUAUCGAAAUUUGAUUACUUACAAUAAAUGUACAUUUCAUAAGAUAUUUGCUGCACACCAUGCAAGUGUAAUUUUAAAAAUGCUUUUACAAUUAAUCAGCUUGGUUUUGGUUUUGAUCACUCCUUAUGUGGAAAACAGGCCGGAACUAACUUGUGACAGCUUGAGACACCAGCCAUUCCAUGAAGGCAACUUGGGGCAGACGGGAAUACUUUCCUGGCUUGGAGUCAUCCGAGCGCAUCUUCAUAUUGGCGCAAAAACUCAAAUAGCAGUCACCGGAGCAAUAUUAAUAAAACCCAGACACGCUAUAGCAAAUGCUGAUGACAUGUCCAAAAUACGAAAACUAGGAGAUAGCAAAGCCAUGUUCAUCUCCCAAGACAGAGGCACCUGGACAUGCAAGCUGGGUGAUGUGUCUUUACAUCCUGAGUACGAUUUCGCGACCUACAACACAAUCGCUUUAAUAGAAUUAGAUACGGAGUCACUCACUAACGCUGCGCCCAUGCUUCCUGUCUGUAUGCCUAAAUACAUGUAUAAUGCCUCUGAUCAACUGUACGCCGUCGGAUUUACUGAUGAAAACAAAAGACUGGAAAAAAUAGCUUACAAAGUUGAAUAUGUAGAAAGAGCCCUUUGCGACGAGUUUUAUGAAAGAGCUGGCCACCAAAAGGGUAUGUAUACUCCGAAAUUGUAUGAGUGUGCGUUCGCCGUGAAUAACGUGAAAAACUGCAAUUGGGAGAACGGGAUGGCAUUAGUUUCGAAUGCGUCCGGCCAAUGGGUAUUGGUUGGUUUCGGCGUCCAAGGUCCUGGUUGCUCGGCCCCAGCCCGCUUCAUCCACGUCUAUCCCUAUAUGCACUGGAUGGACUCCGCCUCCAACAUCGAGGAUUUCGACGCUGAUUACCCCUUCAAGGUCAAAGUCAGAAGAUCCGACGUUUUAUCCCUUGAAAACUUUACAGAUGUUAUAGAGAAUAACUAUUUAAAAAAAGAUCGUAAACCACUUAAUAUCACUUUCCGGGAAUUUCUUGAGCAGAAAGGAAUUUCGACAAGCCUUAUGGGUGUACAGAAACAGGAUAAUAUUCCAUCAGAAAAUUAUGAUAAUUCAAGCUAUGUAAAAAUACAGGCAUAAUAUUAGUUUUUU